AGGAAAUUCCUUCACGGUUCUUGCGAAAAUAGAACUGCCGAAACAUUACAGUGCCUCGCAUCGAAGUUGCCACCGGCAACGUGAAAUAAACAUCCCGGAAUCCGUACACCUUGUUGGAUCGAUACAGCGAAGGCAGUCUGAGUUUCAGUUGUGUUUCAGUGGUACGUUUGAGUGUACACCGACGAGCGGUCCAACAUGUCGACACCGAAACCGAUUCUGAAUGCGGAAAAUCUUGCCCUUACGAACAAGCGUAUUGGCGAGCUGAAAAAGAAGGUAAUGCUGGCCGAGGGCCAAAAGAAAGCGUACACGGAAGAAUGGAACGACAAAAAGAAGGCCCAGAACGACCGGAUGGCCGAGCUGCGGAAGGAGGUGCGUGACCUUACGAACAAGCUGUCCUACCUGCACAAUCCGACCAGCGCCAAGGCGCAGAAGAAUGUGCAGGAGAUCAAGCGGCGGGUACCGUUGCCGCCCGGUGCAAAAUCGGUCGCCGAUGCGCUGCGUAUCGUCGACCUGAAGGUGAUCGAUCUGCACAAGCAGACGGACGUGACCGAGGACCGGAUGCGGAAGCGCGAACGUCACUUUAAGCAGCUGGUCGAACAGUACCAGGCGCUCGUCGGCUAUCGGGACGCGAAAUGUGACGGUUCCAAUCCACCGGAAACGAUCGAAGAGGACGCAAAUCGGAAGCUGAUCACGCGGCUGGAAAAUGAAAUCCAUCGCACGACGGUACAGUGGAUGGAGGCGGAACACAUCCGGAAGAAGUACCGCGGCAUCAAGUCAUCCCUAAUGCGCGAUGCGGAAAAGUUCGAAAGUUCGCUGCUGGAGCUGGAACAGGCAAUUACGGAGCAGCAGGCAGAAAUUAACAAGCUGGAGGAGGUACACAAGGAGGCGGUCCAGAUGCGGGACAGCACGAAGACGAUACUGCAACGGCAGGAGCAAACGACACACUACUCGAACAAGGCGCGGGAAAAGCAGGCGCAAGAUUUCCGCCGCCAGGUGGAGGAACGUAAGCUCGAGCUCGAGCGGUUGGAGCGGAAGAUUUUCUCCUCCGGCAAAACGCUCAUCCACCAGGAAAGCAUACUGUCUGGAUCGGGUGAACAUGGCCGGGGCGGGGAAGGUGGUGACGACGGGAGCAGCCUGCACGAUAAGGACGGUGCAUCCGAGAUGGAGCAGAAGUUCAAGAAGCUUAUGCAGGCGACGGGUGUUAGUGCUGCCAGUGAGGUUGUCGAUCGGUUCCUGGCCCAACGGGAAGCAUCCGCCCGGCUCACCUACCUGCGCACGGUGACAGAGAACGAGAAGAAGCAGCUGGAGGCACAGCGCGAACUGAUGAAGGCGCAGCUGGACGCAUUCAAAUUCGCCGACGUCAAGGAUAGUGAUGUCAAUCAGGAGGAGCUGGAAAAGAUUAAAAACUCCAUCGAGGAGCAGAAGCAGCGGCGCGAAGAGUGUGACAAAGCGAUCGAGUACACGCGUAAUGUGUUCGACACGAUCAAGGAUGCGCUGAUCGAGCUGCUGCUAAAGUUGCGUGAAAUCGAGGAAAGUCUCGAUACGGCUUCACCGUACGGACGCCGUACACCGCUCAAACCGGCCGAACUGAAAGACAUCACGUCCGGCAAGCUGGCGGUCGAGGAGCUCGGCAAUCUGCUGGAGGAACGCAUCAAGCUUGGUCUCAUCGCCAGCGGACAGUUGGCGGCCGACGUCGACAGUGGACUAUCGGAGGACGAAGGUGAAGUGGGACCGACGGCAAUAACGGGCACAUCACCAGCUACCCCACCAACGCCGUCCAUGCAGCAGCUUUCACCCGCUCCGGGUGGGACCGCUUCGGCCGCUGGCAGCAGCGUACUGUCCACCUCAUCACCGGCCGAAGAUCGCGAAAAGCCACCAGCCUAUCCGCCCGUCUACAUGAACCUGAUCGCAGGCCGAACCACCACCCAAAUCUCAUCAAACUCACCCGGCCAGGGCACGACUGUCGUGCUGUCCGAUGACGAAGGUGACGUGCCGUCACGCAGCUACCUGAAACGGCAAGCCAACAUGAUCAUCGAGGCAAAGUCACGGCGCAAAGGUUUCCGAAUGCCGGUACCGAAAAGGCGCUAGACACAAGGAUAUCUCACCUUGGCUUUGUGUUGCCAUACUUCAAGAACUACGGGAAUAUAGGACAACACAAACAAGGAUAAUAAAAUGGUUAUAUUAAUAAGUUGGCAACGAGAAUUUUAAGUUCUAUAUAAUAAAGAUUCACCUUUUGCCCAUCCUCAACGCGUUGUUCGUCCACGUUGUCAUCUUUCUGGCAUCCGAUCCGGGUCGAAUUUCUGAAGUCCAAUUUUCUGGUCCUUUUCCCAGGUGAUAUUAUACACGGUUGAGCGCUACAUAUACCAUUCAUUAAUCUCAAUCUACUCUAAUAUUCUUGAAGUUCUUAAGGAUACCCUUCUUCAAAAAGAACUUUUUAGAAACUAAUAAAACUAAACUAAAAUAAAAAGAAAACUUAUCGUUCUUUGAUUUUAGCUAAAGUAUUUCAUCUUUAUAUUUCUUCACCUGGUAGUGUUAUAGCUCGUUUUUUAAAAACAAUUACUUUUGUUUUCGAUUUUUGUUUCUUUUUUUCUCGUCUAUUUCC